AUGACUCGUGGAGGCAUCUGUCUGGUGAACCGAAACUCCAUCGAAUACAUCCUGUCCCGGAACGGAACGGGCAAUGCCGUGGUCAUUGUUGUUGGGGGAGCAGCAGAGUCCCUGAACUGCGCUCCCAGCAUGAAUUCUGUCACCCUGAAGAACCGCAAGGUAUUUGUGAAAUUGGCCCUGCAACAGGGGGCUGACCUGGUGCCUGUGUAUUCGUUUGGGGAGAACGAGGUCUACAAGCAGCUCAUCUUCGGGGAGGGCACGUGGUGGCUGCUGGCUCAGAGGAGACUGCAGAAGUUGCUGGGGUUCGCAAUCUGCUUGUUCCACCUGGCGCCUGUGACCUUCACCUGGGGCCUGGUGCCUUACUGUAAACCCAUCACCACUGUCGUUGGAGAGCCCAUCACCGUGCCUAAGAUCGAGGAACCCAGCCAGGAAGUGGUGGACCAGUACCAUGCCAUGUACAUCAGCUCUUUGGUCAAACUCUUCGACGAGUACAAGGUCCGCUUCGCCCAGCAGGAUAGCGUCCUAGAGGUCCAGUGA